UUUUUGCCAAAUCGGCCAAAACCUGAAUCUGAAUGACCCAGGUCUGGCGGGAUGAUGGGUACCUUUUUUGUAGGUCAAAACUCAAAAGGAGUUUCCUCAUCCCACAAGGGCGUUCUUGUAAUUCAACGAAAACAAGGGCGCGUUAGGGUUUCCUUCCCCCAUUUAUAAACCUCGUUUUUGGAUCGCUGCCGUGCGGUUGUAUUAGUUGUAAUUGUCGGUUCGAUUCCCUCUCUCCUUCUUCACUUCCCCCUUCUCUCACUUAAGCUCUCUGCCUCCAUUUUCCCCCCUCCCUGAUCAAAUUUCUGAUCAUCCUUUUGCCUCCAUAAUCAUCAUCUGAUUCCCUGAUCACUUCACCUUCUCCCUCCUCCAGUCCGAAUCUGAUUACGAUCAUUUCUGUAACUUGAUUUGAUCACCACCUUCCAAAUCUUACCUAGAUCUCUGUUCUCACAAGCUUCUACUUGAUUCACUACCCAGCUCGAGUUCAGCCUCCAAUCGGGGAACUUGACAGCUGCCCAUUUCAGCUCGUAGCCAUUCCCGAUCUGGGUUCCUGUUAGAUCUCGAGUACACCCGCCUUAAAAUGCCCGAUCCGAGUGACAAAAUGUCGGGCUACGCCGACGACGACGGCAGCCGGGGAUCCUCGCCGGGAGGAGAAGGAGACGGCCUACAGAAGAAGACGUGCGCCGAUUGCGGAACGAGCAAGACCCCUCUAUGGAGAGGCGGCCCUGCCGGUCCCAAGUCGCUUUGCAACGCGUGUGGGAUCAGGAGCAGGAAGAAGAGAAGGGAUAUACUAGGGUUAAACAAAUCGUCAUCCACCGAGAAGAAAUCGGCGGCGAAGAAGGCCCUGACCCAUGGCGGCGGCGGCGGAGGAGGGCAUAAUGGUCACACCAGCAGUAACAAGCUGGUGGGGAACGGGUUGAAAGCGAGAUUUGUGGCGUUGGGAAGGGAAGUGAUGAUGAAGCAGCAGCAGAGAUCGAAGGUGGAGAAGCAGAGAAGGAAGUUGGGGGAGGUAGAGCAAGCGGCGGUUCUGUUGAUGGCGUUAUCUUAUGGCUCUGUUUAUGCCUAAUCAUUGGUUUGGUUUCUAAUUAGGGAUUUGGGUAAUCAAUAAGCAAGAACCCAAAUAGAAUGAGAGGAAAAUUUGUAUUAGCUGACCAAAAUUUAAGAUUAGUAGAUGGGUUUAGUGAGUUGGGUUUGAAUGUGUAAUCCUUAAAAGUUUUGGAGGGUGCUAACUGUAUUUGAUGAUGAUGUUUGUUGUUGUUCUUAGGGUUUGGGUGGACAGUGAAAAGAAAUGUGGUGGGUGGGUGGAUGGGGUUGUGUUGAAU